AUGACUCUAUGGGGUCAAGAUACUGUCAAGGAUGUUGCCGAAUCAGUCGGUAUCCUCAACCUUAACAAGGAUGUCAAUCAAGCACUCUGUCGAGAUGUUGAAUACCGAAUAUCGCAAGUGCUGCAAGAAGCCCUCAAACUCAUGAAGCACGCGCGGAGGACGAUCCUGUGGUCGCAAGACAUUUCCAACGCCCUACGCAUGCUCGAUGUCGAACCGCUAUAUGGAUACGAAUCUACGAGACCUCUGAAGUAUGGGGAAGCAUCACUGGGACCUGGUCAACCACUGUUCUACGUGGAAGACGAAGAGAUGGACUUUGAAAAAUUGAUCAACGCGCCGCUACCCAAGGUGCCGAGGGAGAUCUCUUUUACUGCACACUGGCUUGCCGUUGAGGGUGUUCAGCCAUCGAUUCCACAGAAUCCCACAUCGAAUGAAGCAAGAAACCUUGAGCUAUUGCCUAAAGGACCUAAUGCCAACCCUGCCCUCGCAGCAAUGACUGGUGCGGACAGCACUACAACCAAACCACAAGUCAAACACAUUCUAUCGAAAGAACUACAGCUAUACUUCGAGAAGGUGUGCAGUUCUGUGCUGGACGAGACACAACCAGAAUACCAGACGGCUGGCCUUGCGAGUCUGAAGGACGAUCCAGGUCUCCAUCAACUAGUGCCAUACUUUGUGCAAUUUGUGGCUGAAAAAGUCACACAUAAUCUGAAGGAUUUGUUUGUCCUCACACAGAUGAUGCUUCUCACCGAGGCAUUGACAAGGAACUCCAAGCUGAACCUUACCCCCUACGUUGCAUCGAUGAUCCCACCGGUGUUGACAUGUCUAACAGGUCGCUCUCUCGGCGCAGGAUCAGAAUCAAUGGAACACUUUGAACUCCGAGACCUGGCCGCGUCCUUACUCGGACACCUCUGCAACAAAUACUCCAAGUAUUCCCACAACCUCAAGCCACGAGUGGCUCGGUCAUGUCUCAAGACAUUCUUGGACCCCAAAAAGCCCAUAGGCAGCCACUAUGGGGCAAUCCUGGGUCUGAAGGCAGUGGGAGGGGCAGAAGGCGUUCGCCAACUAAUUCUUCCCAAUCUCAAGGCGUACGGAGAACUAUUGCAGGAGAGUCUACAGGAUGGCAGCAAGAGGAACGACGAGGUUGAGAAGGUGCUCAAAGCGAUCAUCAACUCGCUGGGUAUGCUAGUGGAUGACGACCUUCCCACGUUGAAUGGUCACGCGUAUGAGCCGGCGCAGGAUCAACGCACGAAACUCAAUGGUCUACUGGGUGAGUUGAUCGGAUCACGGAUAGCGGAUUUGGGUCAUCAGCCAUUGGUCAAAGUCAUUCUGGAGGGGGAUCUCGCUGGUUUCUGA